AGAUGUGCCUUCCUGUAAAUUUGGACAACCUGCACAUAUGUGAGAGUGACACACAAAAAAAAGAAACGGCGUGGUAAAGUAGAGAGGGAAAAUAGGUUUGCAUAAUGAACAGGGCCGUGAGCAUCAAGAAUUGGCACUCGUCCGAAAGCUAUUCUAAAUAGGAAACACACUAGAAAUGCAUGCUGGAGUAAGGCUGGAAAAUAAGACUCGACGCUGUUGGAUCAAAGGGGAAAUGUAUAACAGAUGACUGGGCCCGCUCCCUCCCGUUCUCAUUCUCGGUCACACGUUAAAUCCAUCUCUAUGCUGAAAGCGGUCCAACAGGGGACUACCGCUGGAACAGAAUAGAUCUGAUUUGAAAAGUGCUUUUGACCGUGAGGGAUGGGGCGACGCUGGUGUGCUCUCCAGACCUUUACAGCUGUCGUUCCAAGCGAGAGAAGUGCUGCAACGUCGCACCUUCGCGGAUUGCUAACGAAGUCUGUCAGGACUACAAAGGCAAACAACCUGGAUGGACGCGACCAAAAUACCAGAGCUUCAUCAUAACGGCUUUGUUUGAAUGCAGACACGGAUGAAGUCAGGACACCCGUCACAUACCGUUGCUGAAAGAAGUACGGGCAUGAUUACGCGAUUUAAGUGACAUGCAAAACCACUUUGCGCGAUUCUAUGUCGAUGGAAAUCAUUUUGCUAAUGAUAUUUAUCGCUGUCAAUGCAAGUAUUUCCUGGCGUGAAGAAUAUUGAUGAACAUUGUAAGGCAGCCGUUCUGCACGCCCCAGGAGACUAGCCUAUGAUCUCAGAGCGCGGAGGACUGUUUGUGAGGGUAACAUUAGCUACAAUUACAUUGACUUUACGUAAGGAAAAGAAUUCCGGGCAAGUACAUCACCCCCAUUCUAGGCCGCAGGAGGGGAGAGAUGACCCUGGUCCUGUCCAUGAAUCCCUUCUGCGAGCACGAGGGGGACGCGCCGCUCCCACAGUACCAGCCCAUCUGGGAGUCCGAGCGCUGCAGCAAGAGCUGCGUGUCCAGCCCGUCGCCUCCGGAGGGCGCCACCGAGGAGCUGGCCGAGGCAGAGCCUCACUGCAGGAGAGCCCCUGAUCAUGUGACCAUGUCAAGGAUCGCCUACUUUAAACGAAAGUUCGUGGAGGACGAGGAGCCCCACUUGAGCUUCAGGAGCUACUGCCAAAGCGUUGCUCCUGCUCUGGAGGAGCGCGCCCACGUCCUGCGUCUGUCCCUGGAGAAGAUGCGCUUCAUCGACGACCCCGAGGCCUUCCUGCGUCGCUCGGUGCUCAUCAACAACCUCCUGCGCCGCAUCCGCACCGAGAUCCUGCUGCAGAGCGAGUGGUGUCUGCCCCCGGGGCCUGCCCCCGCCCCCGCCGCUGCUGCCGCCUGCAUCCCGCCUCCGGCCCAGGUCGGGCCCAACCACCCCCCGGUCCCCCAGUCGCUGCGGCCCUGCUUCGCUGCGCCGGGGCCCUACCGCAAGCGCUUCCGGCUGGUGCGGGGCGAGGCGCCCGAGUGCAUCCCGGCCUGCUGCUGCUUCUACGCCGCUGGACGCUACCUCCACUUCCCCUUCUCUGUUUACGAGGGAGGCGCCCCUCACCCGUCCUCAUCGUCCUCUUCCUCCUCCUCCUCCUCCUCCUCCUCAUCCUCUCCACCAGCUUUCCCUCAGCUGCUUCCGGUGGAGGACGGAGAGGCCGACGGGGAGCCCCACUCGCUCUGCCCCGGGCUGGACCUCACAGAGGCCGCGGCUGCCGCCGCCCGGGCACUGGACUCCAAAGAGCCGCAGAGGAGCAGACUGCGGGAGCGGACAGUGGCGUGGGACAACGAGCGGGGACACGGCAGAGCCGGCGAGGACAGGCCGCGAGAGAGGGAGAGAGGGAGGGAGCGCGACAGGGAGCGAGAGCAAGAGAGGGGAGGAGGAGGUGCGGAGGCGUUGUCAGGUGUGGCGGCGGGCAGCCACUCGCGCUGGAGCCUGGACGCCAUGGAGACUGGCCUCCACGGGGCGUUGGUGUGGAGCCAGGUGGGACGGAAAUAGCGGCGGCUCCGCCGGCCCAGGGGGGGUGUGGGGAAGUAGAGCGGAAAAAAAGGUGAGGCCGUGACGGCAGGUGUUGGGCAGAGGCUGAAUGUUGUCGCAGAGAUUUGCACCGAGCAUCAGGGGACUCGUUUGGACCGGGCCCAUCCGGCUCAUCUGAUGAGCAAACUGAUUGACCGUUACAUUCACUCGAAGCACUCAAUGCCCACUGGGCCAGCCUGAGUAGCACUGCAAUGCUCCAUACUAGAGCUCUGCAGGGCCUGAUCAGGUCUUCUCCAUUGAAAACAGAAUUGUGAUAGUUUGCGGUCAGCCUUUCACAGUCCAUCUGAUCGCAAACCCUGGCUUAAAAGGGAUGGUCAGAAGAGUUUUAUGUGAGCACAAGGUGCAGGGUUAAUUUGGGCAGAGUAAAAAAAAAAGAGUGCAACAGCAACAAGCAGGAGAAGCAUGAAGACCCGUUUCUGUUCAGAAACUACCACAAGGUGCCUUAUUUCUUUUUUAUUUGGAAAUGUUAAUAGAGUUUGUGGUUGUAUUUGUGACUAAGUAUCUUGACUUUCAAGAGACUACAUCAUGAUCACCUCUGGGGACAAUGACAAAGUUUUAGUUAAGGUCUGCUAACAAAACAAAAAAACUACAUGGAAGGCAACAAUAAACCACCAGGACACUUUCCCAUGUUCUUACAUUGAUUAAAAGGCAUUUCCCCAUACAACUGGCCUCUUACACAUGUCGUAGUGGGGGAACAUAUCAGGUGAAAAGAUUAAACUACAGGUACAUACUAUAGACAGAAAUAAACUAACUUGGUCACAAAACAUGAACCAUUCCAUUCCUAAGCUCAGCCAACUGUCAUUAGAGCAGAUCCCUCUCUGACUUGAAAAGAUACUGUAUCUCUCUAAGAUACCUGCACUCUGACAAGGUACAAAUAAAAGUACCCUCACUUCAAAGUUAGCUUUUUUUGGAUGUUUGUUAUUUGUGCAUUUCCCUUUGAUUCCGUUUUUGUUUGAUUACGGAGAGCUUUCCAGGAGCACCGGCAGAAACAUCAUACGAGCAAUACAACAGUGUCAUGAUUGGAGACAGGGAAACAAAAGCCUAUCUGUUUGCAUUUUCUUACAAAGAGCAUUGUUCUGAAAUGUCGACCUACUUUGUUCAGUAAUUUUUAUGUGAUGGUUUUUGUGACUGUAACAAUGAAUAAAGGAAUGUUCAAAAGAC